AUAGAAUCCAGAAGCGGGAAAGCAAUGUUAGAUAGCCAACUCUUAACCAUUUUUUAGAAGGUCAUUUAUAUAUGUAAUGAUAAAACAGAUUGAAGCCAUCAAACAAAGAAUAAUGAGGCGUUUAUGGGUAACUCUUGUUGGGGUUGUAAUAAUAAGCUUAUGUUUAGUUUCUGCAGAAGAAACAGAUAAGGCUGAAAACCAGAACCUGCAGCAGAACCAGUGCGUGAAGAAGCUGAUGCCUUGCGUUAAUUACCUGAACGGGAGCCGGGGUCCCCCGAGCACCUGCUGCGAUCCCCUGAAGGAUGUCAUCGAGAAGAUGCCGGAGUGCUUGUGUCAAAUGGUCAGCAUCAGUGGCAGCAAAGAGGCAGAGAAGGCCGGGAUUGAUACGAGCGAAGCUCAAAUGCUGCCAGCUAGAUGUGGUCACCGAGUCAACUUCUUUGGAUGCCUUCCCCCGGAUUCGGACUCGAGUUCAGCUGACGGUCGCUCAAUCCAGUCAGCAAAAUUGAUAAAAGCAACUGCUUCAACAAUAAUCAUUUAUAGCUCAUUUUUGUGGUGUUUCGGUUUUUAAUGAUUUGUGGUAUGUGGUUACUACGAGGACAUUAUCGUAAAUGAUGACCACUUAAUGUACAUCAUGUAAAAUCUAAAGUAUACCCUUAUUCCAUAAGGAUACCUCCAUUCAUGUAUAAGAUUUUUUAUUCUAAUAUCACUCUUUC